CCUACUUUCACAACGGUCACACGCUUUCUAUUUAAUUUUUUUUCCAACAUAAUUUUUGUUAAACAAUUUACCGUGAAUUUUGUUGUGUGUGUGGAUGUGGACGUGCUGACAGCCAAAAAAUUCAAAUCAAAUAAAAAAUAAACCAAAGUGUUCGGAAGUCGUGGGAAAAAUCGAAUAGCAGAAAAUGCUGGCGAACAACAAAUCAUCAAGGUGAAACUGCGCGCCCUGGGCAUUGAGUCUUUUGUCGUGGAUAAAAGGGCGCUGUUUCUCCACGCUAUUCAAACAAGCUUAAGCAGAAAUUACAAUCUACUCCAUCCUAGUUUUGGUGCAAAAAAAGGAAAUUCAUCGGUUUUUGGCGGCCAAUUGCAAACACAAAAUACUAAAUACGCUAGAUGGAGCACACACACAGGCAAGCUCGGUGGCGAACGUAAAUACAUACAGCACAUAUAGUCGUCUCGCUUGCUCUGCCCGUCACAGCGAGGGCUGCGAGAGCGAGAGCAGGAGAGAGAAAGGCCUGAGUCGCUUUUUCUUCUUGUACUUUAUAUAUUUUUAUUGUUUUUUUGUGUUGUGUUGCGUUGUACGUGUGUGUGAGAGUGCCAAAUGUCAACGGAAAUUACAACACUGCGAGACGGAGAAGUCUAAAAGGCGGAAGAAGAAGAAGCAGCAGCAGGCAGCAUAAACAAAACACGGGGGAGAACCACAAAAAUAACAGAGGAACGAAGAUGUUGCCCGCCAAUAACAGGAGCAGCACCAGUAGCACCCAUACCAACACAAAUGCCAACACUACCAAUACCACUACCAACAGAUGCCUCAUCAAGUCGGCCAUCGAAAGAACGGUAGUUCGUUUGCGGGAGACGGCUGCGACUAGCGGUACUUUCCAGGACUCAGAUGCGCCGUUCGUGGAAUUCGAUGUUAUUAACUAUUAUGCGGACGAUAGCGGCAGAACUGCAGCAACAGCCACAGCCUCCGUUACUCCGCGACAGCAGUUGUCCUCUUCUCGCCACGGCGGUAGUAACAAUAACAAUAAUAACAGCAACGGCAACAACAACAGCAGCAGUGGGUGCCAUCCAGCAUUGGAUGCCAGCAGUGGUGUUGUUGUUGUUGCACCGGCAGCGGUAGGAGGAGCACAGGAAGAGGAAGAGCCGGAGAGUAGCAGCAUUCCCAUUCCCGAGCUGGAAGUAACCGAGAUGGAAGCAGAAGCCGAGGAAAUGGUCGUCGAUGUGGAGGGAGGAUCACCAGCCAAGCCUUUAAAUCCAAAGAAACAACGUAUAAACUCAGCAACAACAACAACAACAACAACUACAAACACAAACCGCUCGAGGGGCGGUGGGGGAGCGGCACAAAGUCGAUUGCGCCGGUCGGCGGCCAUCGUUCCAGCGCGAUCGAUUCCAGAGAGCUGUUCCAGCAGCAAUUCCAAUUCGAGCAGCAGCUCCAACAGCAAUUCCAGUUCCAGCUCCGCCAGUGGAAGUACCGCUUCCACCGGCAAUCCGUCGCCCUGCUCCUCCCUGGGCGUCAAUAUGCGCGUAACUGGACAAUGCAGCCAGGGCGGCCGGAAGUACAUGGAGGAUCAGUUCUCGGUGGCCUACCAGGAAUCACCGCUCACCCACGAACUGGAAUACGCAUUUUUUGGCAUCUACGACGGACACGGCGGUCCCGAGGCCGCGCUCUUCGCCAAGGAGCACCUCAUGCUCGAGAUCGUCAAGCAGAAGCAGUUCUGGUCCGAUCACGAUGAGGAUGUCCUGCGGGCCAUACGCGAAGGAUACAUCGCCACACAUUUUGCCAUGUGGCGGGAACAAGAGAAAUGGCCCCGAACUGCCAAUGGGCACCUGAGCACCGCCGGCACCACUGCCACAGUGGCCUUCAUGCGUCGCGAGAAGAUCUACAUCGGUCAUGUGGGUGACUCUGGGAUCGUUUUGGGUUACCAGAACAAAGGCGAACGCAACUGGCGCGCGCGUCCACUGACCACGGACCACAAGCCGGAGUCACUGGCAGAGAAGACGAGGAUCCAGCGAGCCGGUGGCAAUGUGGCCAUCAAAUCGGGUGUUCCGCGUGUGGUGUGGAACCGACCCAGGGAUCCAAUGCAUCGCGGUCCCAUUCGCCGCAGAACCCUGGUGGAUGACAUACCCUUUCUGGCAGUGGCUCGUUCUUUGGGCGAUCUCUGGAGCUACAAUUCCCGCUUCAAGGAGUUUGUUGUGAGUCCCGAUCCGGAUGUCAAAGUGGUCAAGAUCGAUCCCAGUACCUUUAGAUGUCUAAUCUUCGGCACCGAUGGCCUGUGGAAUGUGGUGACCGCCCAGGAAGCGGUGGACAGUGUGCGCAAGGAGCAUCUAAUCGGCGAGAUACUCAACGAACAGGACGUGAUGAAUCCCAGCAAGGCGCUGGUGGAUCAGGCCCUCAAAACCUGGGCCGCCAAGAAGAUGCGGGCGGACAACACGUCCGUUGUGACUGUGAUACUAACACCAGCGGCCAACAAUAACACGCCCACAACGCCAGCACGCUCCCAAUCCGCGAUGGCACGCGACACCGACCUGGAGGUGGAGCUGCUGCUGGAGGAGGACGACGAGGAGCUGCCGCCACUGGAUGUGGAGAAUAACUACCCCGACUUCAUCAUCGAGGAGGAUGAGUAUGUGCUGGACCAGCCGUACAGUGCCUUGGCCAAGCGGCAUUCGCCUCCGGAAGCCUUCCGCGACUUCGACUACUUCGGUUUGGACGAGGACGAGCUGGAGGAAGACGAGGAAACGGUGGAAGAAGAGGAGGAGGAGGAGGAGGAAAUCAAAUCGGUGGGUCUUCUGCAGCAGAGUUUGUUCAGUCCCAGAAAAGCGUGGCGCAAGUCAACCAUCAACAACUCGUGGAGUGGCAUCACCGAACCGGAACCCGAUCCCGAACCAGAUCGAAUCAAUGUCUCCGCAUUGGACCUGUACUCCCACACCAGCAUUGACAAGUGCGCCAUUUAUGGCAGCAGCAUAGCCCAGCCAGCAAUAAGUCCAGCGGAAGCGGCUGAAAAUCGAGAGCUCAGCGAGUUGGAGCAGCAUCUGGAGAGCAGCUACAGUUUCGCCGAGUCGUACAACUCGCUGUUGAACGAGCAGGAGGAACAGGAGGCACGCUCUCGUUCAGCAGCAGCUGCAGCCGCCGCACAAGCAGAAGCAGCAGCCCAACAAGCCACGGCUCAUUCCGCAUCCGUUGUGGUGGACCGCAGCAUGUUGGAGAUCAUCCAGGAGCAGCAGCACUAUCAGCAGCAAGAGGGUUACUCGCUGACCCAACUGGAGACCAGGCGCGAGAGGGAGCGGCUGACCGAAUCGUGGCCACAACAGCCGGCGGAGCUGCUCGAGCUGGAUGCUCUGCUGCAGCAGGAGCGUGCCGAGGAGGAGCAGGUAGCCCUGGAGCAGCAGCAGCAGCAGCAGCAGCAGCGCGAGCAGCAAAUGGAGGUGGAGGCCAUAAGUAGUUCGGAACAGCACGAGUUUGCUUUCCCAGUGACCGCAGCCGCCACCGAGUGGAGUGCUCCGUUAACAGAAGGGGAGGAGGAGGAGGAGGGGGAGUCGGAGUCCAGAGUAAUAGACAUAGAAAUGCAACACGAACAGGAGUUGCAGGACAAUGAAGUGAGCUCCACGUUGCCCGCCACACCAACUCAUGUGGAGCCCGAGCAGAUUGCGGAGAAGAUGAAGCCCAUUAAGGUUCAGGAAAUGCUGACCAAGGUGGAUAAACCUCUGCCCAAGCAGGAGAAGAAGCUGCCGAAGAAGCAGGAGGCCAAACAGGAACAAGGACGCGUUGCUGUGCUGGAUACAGUGGCCGACAUCCGCAAAGAGGAUGCCCAUGCGGUGCACUACAUAUUCGAGCGCAUUCAAAAGUUGCAGGACUCGGAGGCCUCGCCCGUAGCCGUGGCGAAUACGUCGAUGGCUGACGCUCUGCCCGCUGAGUCUGGUGGACUGGGAGGAUCUAUGUCCGCCCCGCGAAUCCGCCAAAUGCGACGCUAUCGCAACGUGCCCAAUGAGAACCAUCAGCACAUGCAGACGCGUCGCCGCCAGAUAUUCAAACAUGUCAAGCCCAAGUCCUUCAUACAAUCCAGUGCUGCGGCCAUUGUGGCCUAUGGAGACAGCAGUGAAACGGUCGGCGGCACAGCCGGAGCAUCUGGCAAUCCUGGAGCUGGGCGUGUAGGCGGCGGCGGAGGAUCGGCCGGUGGUGCCAGCAAUCCGGCGGCGGCGGCCAAUCGUCGACGGAGCGUCAAUGUGGUGGCCAAUGCGAGUGGAAACGGCGCUGGCAAUGUUGUGCCCAGCAGUUCGAUGAUGAUGACCCGUCGCAGUCACAGCUCGACGGCCAGCGGUGCCGUGAACAAGAGGCAGCUGCGCAGCAGUCUCUGCAGCUUGGGCCUGGGCCUGGGUGCCGGUGUGGGUGUCGGUGUGGGCCUGGGUCUGGACAUGACCAAGCGCACGCUGAGGACAAGGAAUGUACCCGCCUCGUCGGGCGGAUCGGCCACGCCCACUAGCAAUUCGUCACCAGCCAGCGGAGGCAGCAGUCCAGCCGGCUUCACCAGCCCAGCCAAUCCGGUCAUCACGUCCAGGGGAAACGGCGGUACGCCCGGCUCGGGCGCCAGGCGCCUGAAGCGCAGUCACGAGGAUCGGGAGCAAAGGAGGAGCUUGCGGCGCAGCACACUGAGUGGCAGUGCCAGCGGCAGUGGACUGGUGGGCAGUGCAUCCGCCUCGAAUGCGAAACCAAAUCGCCUGCAGGCCUGCAAUGGAGCCAUCUCGGCGCGUCCGCCGCCCUCGCCGAAAAAACUGAAUGCAGCCGUGCCCACGCUGGCGAUUGGAACGCGUGCGUAUACGGCGGCCUUGGCGGCGGCGGCGGAUCACCUGAACAAGCGGUGGUCGUUGCGCAGCAGCAGUGGCAAUUCCGGCAAUCUGAUAACAGCCAUCAGUUGCUACAGUGCCAGGAGCAGAGCGGCGGCUGCGGCGGCGGGAGCAGCUGGAUCACCGGGAACUGGAGGCGGAGCAGCGGGACCAGGAGGAGCAUCUUUGACCGCAUCCACAGUCGGCACGCGGAGGCGCUAGGCUAGAUUGUAACGAAACAUGCGAGCAACUUGCAAGUACAAAUCCUAUGCAACGGAAAACCUUAAAUCCUAGUUCUACUUUACUGAAGUACGCAAAAUUGUGUAAUUGAAUCAAUUUUUUUAUGUGCACAACACACACACACACACAUCGGAUAACUCGUUUACAUGUACAUAUAGAAAGCUAUAAAAGCCCCAUAAAAUAUAUAUUCAUAUAUAUUAAUAUAAAAGCCUAAACAAUAAAACAAAUUCAUAGUGUAGCUGUAAGUAGCAGUUAGAAAAUAGUAAAUAGAAACUAUAUAGUAUAUAUAUAUUUUUUGUAUCGCCCGAAGUAAGAAGUUCUCCAAACAUCCGAAAGUUUUCCUCAACAUGACUAUUCUGUUUUCGAACUCAAUCGAUUUGUUCAGUGUACUGCACACUGGAAAGUAUUUAUCUCGUCUCUUAUGAUUUACUGUUCUACGCUAAGUUGACUAAGCUAGUUGAUAAGUUAAGCUAACAAGAGAGAUGCUAAUAUCUUUAGGUUUAACAUUUAAUUUUUUUGUUCUUCGCUUGUAAGGCGUUCACCAACUGCGUUUGCAUAUAAUUUUCAUGUCGUCGCACAUCAUUUUCAAAUGAAAUACAUAUAUUUUUACAUAAUUAAA